UUGUAAAACUGUCCCCAUAAAACUAAUAAUUAAUAUUUAGUUAAUUUAGAAUUUUGUUAGUUGUCCCUAAAAUAACUAGUUUGGGCGAAGUAAGAAUCUGUCACGCAAAACGUCACCCAGCCGUUGGUGCAUUUGUUCCCCUCUCUCCCACGAUUAGCAGUUCCGAAACCCAGGGUUUCUAUUGCCGUUCGUGCGACUAUCUAAUCGCCACUCUCCGGCGAAGUGGCCCCGCUUCCCGGCGGUUUGGCUGUAUGAGUGCCUCUUGCGGCCUUAUAAGGCCCUGGUGGCCUCUUAGGGUUCAUCAAGUUCCAAUCCCCCUCUUGCAUCUUCAAUUGCAAUUGUCGCCUUUGUCCGUCGUUGAGCAUCUCCCCAUGGCUGCCACGGUCAGUGUUGUGUUCACAGAUGAAGCAAUUGCCGUCUCUGAAGAGCGAACCAGCCUCAGCCUCAUUGGGCGAAUCUUUGGCCCCGCUCCAUCGACGGGGAGUCUUCAGCAUUUCUUGGUUGACGUUUGGAACUGCAAGGGGUCGCUGACGGUUCUCCCGAUGCCGGCGGGCCUGGUCCAAUUCAUCUUCUCGGACCCUUUGGAUCGAAAGAAGGUGUUGGCGGUUACUCCCUGGAUCAUAUCCCGAUUCAUGAUUCAUGUUCAAGAAUGGGAGGAACCAUCAGAGGAGGUCGCCCAAUCGCUCAUAAGGGUGCCGCUUGACGUUCAACUUUGGGAUGUGCCCUAUGAACGCCUCACCACCCUCAUGGCCCGAUGCCUUGGUUCAGCAAUGGGGGACCUCAAGGAUGCUGCUGUCUAUGUAGGAUCUGAAACUUGCGGUGCUUUCCUCCACGUUCGAGUGGCUCUGGAUGUUUCGGCUCCGCUGCCACAGACUGUUUCUGCUUCUCACGUGGCCAACAGUAAGGGUCCUUUCAAAGCUCUGGUUUUGUUUGAACGUCUCCCGUUGUUCUGCUUUUGUUGUGGAGUUAUAGGUCACAGUGGUCGUCGUUGUGCUCGUGCAUCGGAGUUCGUCGGGAAACCUCUGCCAUAUGGGAGACAUACUGGCACGCUAAAACACAAUACCAAUCUGCGACCAAGUGUAAUCGCAGACCGGGAAUGCAGUAAAGUGACAAGUGAUAUUAUCAACCCGGGGUCUAGAUCUACUGCUUACUCAGUGAUUAUCUAUUAUCUAGCCAACUAAAGUAAGUGAUUGUUGUUUUAAAAGCAAAAGCAGAAAGAAAGCAGGAAUUGAUACGAUUUUCUCAAGCAGGUAAGAGUCACUCGGGAAUGAGUCCCCCUAGCUCCUUAGUUAGGUUCAAUUGCAAUUACCCUGGGUUGAUUUACUGUUGAUUAGACUGCGGAAGAUCCGACAGUAGCUUGGAAUCUCUUAAGCUGACCAAGCCCUCUCAGUCUAACUACCCGGCAGACGACUAGUCUUCACCGGGAUAGAAAGCUGAAGCAGUAAGAACAGAACUCCACUACUGGAAUUAGAUUCCAGUACAAAGUAGUAAACUGGCUAACUCUCGUAUAGCCAAUCUCCUACUACCGAAUGAUGAGACUCUAGCAACCUAAUCAUAUUCUAUCUAUCUCAGAUUGCAGCCGGAAUAAGGAAAAGUUGAUCAGACUUCAAUUGACUCAAAAAACAUGCAUCAUUCGAUUAAAAUCAAACAGUAAUAUCAUCCCAAGUCAUUACAAUCAAUCCCUAACACAUAGAACUAGGGUUCUUCAUCCCCAAGUGAGAGAGGGGUUCUACUCCAUAGAGAGAGAGAGGAAAACAAGAUACAAAGCAGUCAUACUCAUACUUAUGGGAAGAAUCUGCUCUGGGAUGAUGAUUUCCACUCCUAUGACGAUCUCCAAGCUUGAUUUGAUGAAACCCAGCUCCAAGAUAGCUUCUAGGAUGUGUUCUUCGUCCUUUCUCUCUCUAGGGCUCUGUUUUUGCUCAAGAAAUCCGAUUCUCUCCCUUGUGGCUCGAAAUUGGCUGAAAAACCAAGAUUUCCCGACUCGCACGGGCAGGCCACACGGCCGUGUGGCUCACCCAGUUGCCCGUGCGAGUCAAAACGCGGCGUAUCAAUUAGUUCGAUCUUCAGGCUUCCCGCACGGCCAGGGUCGCACGGCCGUGUGGGAUUUCCAUCCUGCCCGUGCUUGCUCUCGACGAAAAUCACACGGCCACAAAUGUGAGUUGCACGGUCGUGUGAUGUCCAGGAAUGCCCGUGCAGCUUCCUUAACACCUCGCCACGCGUCCGAUUUUCGUCCAAUCGACCCCAAACUCGCUCCCAAGCCCCCAUUCACGUACUAGGACCUGAAAUAUCACAAACAAGCACAACCUAGCGUGAAAUCGGCCUAAAACGCGAGAAUCAACACCUCAAACGGUGUAAGAACAGGGGUAAAAAUAUGUGUAAUUAACGGUCUAUCAAACUCCCCACACUUAACCGUUUGCUUGUCCCCAAGCAAACCAAGUCAGAUACAAGGUAAGCUUACAUAUUUCAAUCAACCAACAUUGGGGACAAGCCAUAAAGGCACAGAACACGUGAAUCGUACUGGUUUUCAAACAUCAAUACCUGACCAACUUCAAUAGCAACCUGGACAACCACCACAAAGGACAUUCGAGUGCAGCAAAAUCGAGUAAAGGAAGAGUCUCCCUUCUGUUCACCAACCAACCUAGACUUGACUCAACCACUUACUCAAAACAGUCAACUCAUGAAUCCAACUCAAGACAUCAGAAUAGAGACCGGGCAAUCUAGGUCCUCACCGGGGUACAAGAGUAUAUAGAAUAUGAAAAUGAAUCACUCACUCUCGACCAGUGGGGUCAGGACAAUUUGAGGCGAAAAAUGCGCAUGUUAUUUCUCUCAAUCCCUAACAUCUCUUCACCAUGAUGGCAGCCUCUAAAUGCUAGAGUUCACAUAUGGGGUGUCACCACUAACUAAUCAGGAGGUCUUAGACACAGGUUCAAAUGACUGGCUAGGGUCUUGGACAUGGGGAAAAGGCCUUUUAGGUGGUGGAAGUAUUCAUAGCACAAGGUUCCACAUUUCCAAACCCACACAAUCACAGUCAAACAAACCGGUAUUUCCUUUCUGCUAUUCUGCAUUACUCAAUAUCUUAAGAGCACAAGAGCGAAGGAGGUAUAAAUGUCAGCAUUUCCA